UAUCCCCUAAAAUUUUAUUAUUUGUUCUAAAAUAUUUAUUAAAAAAUUCAAAAAUAUGGAGUUAAAUACCUUGAUCUUUCCUGCCCCUAACAGUAGUUACGAUCAGAAGGCAUUUGAAAAAGAUCUAAUUUAUAUUCCUCGAAGAACAUCAGAUGGCCACUUCAAACCUCGUGAAACAGGAAAUAAAAAGUCCAAGAAGCAGUAUAUUCCCUGCUUGUUCCUGCCUUACACACAAGGUUCUACUAAAAUUAUGAUUUAUUUUCAUGGAAAUGCUGAAGACCUCGGUCAAGCUUACCAGUUGCUUAAUCACAUCAGGAACACAUUGAAGCUACAUGUAAUCGCCGUUGAGUUCCCAGGCUAUGGGAUUUACCCUGGGACACCCAACUCAAAGGACAUUUUAGAAGAUGCCAAUACAGUGUUCGAGUUCAUUACUGAUAGGUGUGACUGGAAACCCAAAGAUAUCAUCCUUUUUGGCAGAAGUAUUGGCACUGGACCUGCCACUGAGCUAGCCGCUGGUAAAGAACCAGGCGCCUUAUUGUUAAUGAGCGGAUAUACCUCUAUUAGAGGCGUAGUCAAACAUAUCUCAGGGUAUUUCACACAGUAUUUGGUUGCAGAGAGGUUCAAUAAUUUGGAAAUGAUGUCUUAUGUUAAGUGCCCGACCUUCCUGAUUCAUGGGCAGCAAGAUGAGUUGAUACCGUAUAGCCAUUCAGAAAGACUGCAUGAAAAAUGUGGUGGGCCUUGAACUUUAGUCUUACCAGCACACAUGGAUCACAAUGAGUUUGAUUUCUUUGAUGAUUUAUCACACCCUUUCUAUUUCUUCCUCCUACAAUGUAAUGUAUCGAUCAAGCAAAAAGGACAGUUAGUAUUCCCUCCUGAAGUCUACAACGUCCCUGACAACAUUGCCAAAGGGAGAAAGAAGAGAAGGGCAUGCUGAACACUCAUGAAACUCUUUUGGUAAUCUCUCAAUUUCAAUUUAUUUA